UACAUACGGACGAGAGAGAGAAAGAUGCAGCAGGAAACCACAACUAUUCAGACCAAAGCGAGCGGGCUCGCUCCAAAGAAUGAGAGAGAGGUGGUGCGACGAGCCUACUCAGAAAUCUCAAACAAACUGGAGAAGCUCGUCAUCAUAAGCACUAGCAAUCCAUGCCCCGAUCAUGCCGCGAGCACCUCCACGGACAAGGCCGGCGGCGGCUCCGAGCAGGUGGAGACCGUCCGCUGCGCAUGCUGCGGCGUGGCGGAGGACUGCACGGCGGCGUACAUCCGCGGCGUCCGCGCGUCCUUCUGCGGCGACUGGCUGUGCGGGCUGUGCGCGGAGGCGGUGAACGAGCGCGUGCGCCGGGACCCGUCGGGCGGCGUGGCGGCCGCGCUGGAGUACCACGAGGCGGAGUGCAGGAAGUUCAACGCGACCACGAGGAUGAACCCGACGCUGUCCCUCGCGGGCUCCAUGCGGCGCAUCGCGCGGCGGAGCUUCGACCGGAGGACGGCGUCGUGCCAGGAGCGCCGCCUCGGCUCGUCGGCGGCGGCGUCCAGGGCGGAAGCGCUCUCAAGGUCCCCCAGCUGCGACCCGCGGUUCCUGGCCGACGUGAUGAGCGGUCCCGCCGGGGAUCCGUGGAGAUGAUCGAGCGAGCUCACGGAAGAUGUUCAUAUGAUGGUGUCCUUGUGUACGUUCUCCGUAUUAGUAACUGGUUAGUUUUCAUUUUUGAUGUUUGAAUGUUACGUGUGUUUGCCCAUCUUCAUUUUGUUCACUUAUGUACUUCAGCUAUUUACCAUUAUUUUUUAUGGGCCAUGCUAGCGCCCAGAUGU